AUGAGCAGGGGCUGCUGUGUGUAUGUUUUAUUUUCCCUCCUCCAUGUGUCGCUGAGUGUGGAAAUGACAGGGUUAUAUGGCAGCUUCACCUCCCCCAACUUCCCCCAGCCAUACCCCGACAACCAGCACAUAGUGUGGAACAUCAGUGUCUCAGAUGGCCACAGGGUCAAACUCUACUUCAGCCACUUCAGCAUGGAACCCUCAAACCAGUGUGAAUAUGACUACAUCCAGGUUUUGGCAGAGGGGAAUGAAACCUUGCGGUUCUGCGGAGAGGAAGAGAAGAACUAUGAAAGCACCCCGAGGAACACGGUCAUCUUGUCAGCUGGGAACCUCAUGUCAGUGGUCUUUAGGAGCGACUACUCUAAUGAGGGCCGAUUCACAGGCUUCCAAGCAUUUUACACCUCAGAAGACAUCAAUGAGUGUCUCUCCAAGAUAGAUGGGGACAGAGUGUGUGAUCAUCUUUGCCACAAUUACAUCGGUGGAUAUUACUGCACGUGCAGACAAGGAUACUUCCUCCAUGACAACAAACGAUCCUGCACAGUGCCAUGCAGCAGCCAGGUGUUGACCACGCUGUCAGGGGUUCUGACCAGUCCGGACUACCCGAGUCCAUACCCACCCAUGAGUCAGUGUGACCACACCAUCCGUCUGUCGGAGGGCUACAGAAUAAUCCUGGAAUUCCUGGACCCCUUUGACAUAGAGGGACACCAGGAUGUCCCCUGUCCGUACGAUAUGUUGAAGAUUUCAACAGCUGGACAAGAGUAUGGACCCUUCUGUGGAUCAACGCCACCAGGUCGCAUUGACACGGGGAGUUACCAAGUGCACGUAGCGUUCAGAUCCGACGCGAGUGGGAAAAACAAGGGAUGGAAGAUCAAGUACACCAGCACCAAGGCCGAAUCCCUCACUUCAACUUCAAACUGA